AUGCCCGACUCAAAACGCCAAAAGGAACUCGGGAUUGGGUUGGAGGGGACCUAUACACCUUCGCGAUCGAAUCCUGGACAUUUCACAGAGAAAUACGGCGAAGACUCCCGUCUCAUCUACAACCUCGAGGACCAAGGCGGCGAGGCCUGCUCCUCGUGCUACGACCUGAGUUUCCCCUUUGCGCGCUGGCUCUCGAUGCGCAGCGACGUGCAGCACAUCCGGCGCUCCCAGGCCGCCAAAGUCUACCGCCGCGACCAGCCCGCCAUUGCCCGCCGAGUUCCAGUACCGGACCGGAUCAGUCAGCAGCCCAACCAGAUCGAAUCUUCACCCCUGAUCGAUGCGCGGCGGCCGAAAAGGAGCGGUUCAGACCUGACGCGCGAGGCAGAGGUGUACAUCUUGGCCUUUGGCGGCAAGAAGUUUGACGGCCUGCUGCUCGAGCGCAUGCGCGUCGCCCGCGAGUUGUGGCACGUGGGCAUACGGGCUGAGUUUCACCGCAAACUAGCUGUUAUCUUGGAGGAUGAGGAGCUGGCGGCCGGCCGGGUGCGGGUAAAGCAGCUGCAUGGUGGGGACAGGGAUGCCGCGGUGAUAAAAAGGGGUUGCUCGUUGCUAGGGAAAAGCUCGCCGAAGAGUACCAGUGCUUCAGGCAAGCCAUUGCAGAUAGGAGCAGAGACAGCGUGGCUUCAUUUCCUGGCUGGAGGCGAACCCAUCUACACAUGUGCAGCCAUCGCUACAGUCCUGGCCGAGGUCGCUCCUUACCGUCGGCUGACGAUUUCUCGGCUGGCUCCCCAGAGUGGCCUGGUCUAG